AUGUCAGGAGAAGGUAAGGAGCUUGCUGUCCGUGAUCAAGGUACUGUUGUACCAUUUCAAUGUCUGAAGCUGACCGAGACCAACUACACUACGUGGUCUAUCAUGAUCGAGACCGUGCUGAAAGCGUAUGGCCAUUGGGAUGCCAUAACCAAAGAUGAGGUUGAUGAGAAGAAGAAUUUUACUACAAAAGAGCGGGUGCAAAAGGCAAGGUUGCAAACUUUAAGGAACGAAUUGGAGAGGUUAAAGAUGAAAGAGAAUGAGUCUAUCAAUGACUUUGCGGGUAAGAUUAGUAACAUUGUUGCUAGAUUCAAAAGUCUUGGUUCGACUCUUGAAGAUGAGGUGGUUGUAAGAAAGUUUCUCAAUUCGGUUCCUAAGAAAAAGGCUCUAGAUCUUGAAGAAGAUCAUGGACAACUUUUGUUAAGUGAACAAAGGUUUGGUGAAAGUAGUGGUGGACGUGGAAGAGGCCGUGGAAGAAACAACGAAAGAGGUGGACGAGGCCGAGGACGUGGUCAUGGUGACAAGAGUGGCAUUCGUUGUUAUGAUUGUGGAGUGUUUGGGCAUUUUAGUUAUCAGUGCACCAAAUGGAAAGGCAAGAACAAAGAUGAAGAGGCAAACUUGGUUGAGGAUGAUGAUGAGCCUACACUUUUGUGA